AUGAGACAGCCCUUUGAUGUAACCUUCCCUCGACCCAAGGACCUUAGCUUAGGGUGUUACCAGAAUCUGCUGGAUUUCCUCGAGGGCCUGGUGGGCGUGGCUGAUGGCGCCGGAAACCUCAUGACACAAGAGUGGGCGUGGCGAAUGCUGGAUGCCUUUGGCAAACCGUCCGCUGGACUCCUGGAAGGCGUGUUCCAGUGGGUGGGCAACUACGAGGAGUGUUUGGGUGUCCAGGCAGAGGUACCAGGACCAUGGCAGCUCAGGCAGGAUCCCUGGAGCAGCAGCAGGGCCAAGUUUGGCGGCAAAUACUGUCGUCUGGUGGUCUCUGUCAACCAUAUUGUCAGUAUCACGUCUGCUAAACACCUCAACAAGUUCUGGCUGGACAGACCACCGUUUCCUACAGCCGUCAAAUGGGGCCUUUGUGUGCCCGAUACUUGCAGCUCUGCUGACGUCGAGACUUUCCUGACAAAAGGAACACUUGCUGCCUUGAAUCUGCCAGUGAAAGAAACAAUUUGUUUUGAAGACAGCCAAUUCAGUGAGGAUACUGGUGCAGUCGCUAUUGUAGUAUUUCUGUGUGUGGCUGUUGCUGUGGUUAUCAUAUGUACACUACUGGACAUAUAUUACUUCCGUCCGUGGCGGACCAAAGAUGAACAGGGUGUCAUGGACACAGCGAAAGACGGCGCUGCUGGUAUCAUAGAACUGCAUCUUGGGAUGCGUACAGAACAAGAAUGUCAGACGGAAACAUCACUCCACCAAACUCCACUUCAAGGUGGCAUUGCUGUCUCGUCUGGGGGUCAGAGUGGAGCAAACUCCAGCCAGCAGGGGACAUCACUCGAAUCUCAUCUCAGUGCAGAAGUGGCAGCAAGCGGCAGAAGAAAAGACCCGAAUGGAGAAUCAGCAACACCAGACACGAAUAUGCCCAAUAGGCUGCUGAUUGUACCAAGAAAAACUUUCGGUACGCAACUGAUCCAGGGCAUGUCUCUGUACCGAAAUCUCUGUCAUCUUGUGCGCAAGUCAAGGUCGCAGGGGACGUUUGAUUGCAUACAGGGAAUGCGUGUGAUCUCAUUGGCAUGGAUUGUGGUGGGCCAUUGUUACACGUACGGAGGCAUGCUUGAUGUAGACAAUCUCGUAUUUGAAAACUCAGCGGAGCUUGUGGAGACAUCUGCCCGUUUGUCCUUUCACAUUGUGGGAUCUGCCCAGUUGGCUGUGGACACCUUCUUUGUCAUCAGCGGUUGCUUGACCAUGCUGGUCACCCUUCGGUUGCUACGGAGACACAAGCCAGGGGUCAAGUUUUGGUCAACUUUCCUGUUCCACCGCUUCUGGAGACUGACCCCGAUGUACAUGCUCGUGCUGUUCCUGGGGAUGACCUUGUACGAGCACAUAGUUCAAGGCCCUCUGAAGUCCUACAAGCUGGUGGAGUUUGAACAAUGUCGGCACAAGUGGUGGGCACACCUCCUCUACAUCAACAACUUCUACAAGCCACACAGCAAGUGUAUGACCUGGUCCUGGUUCAUGGCUGUCGACAUGCAGCUGUUCCUGGUUUCUCCGAUAUUUAUCUACACUACCCACAGAAAUCUAAGGGCUGGAGUGGGUUCUAUCCUCCUACUGCUGGUUCUUGGGGUGACUUUUGCAUUUGUGUCCGAGUACAUCCAUGGCGGGCAGUUUGUUCUGAUGGACCUGAGCUUUCUCGAGUAUUGGACUAACGUCUAUACGAUGCCCUGGGCCAGGGCUAGUGUUUUUGCUGUGGGCUUGGGUCUGGGAGUGGCGCUCUACAAACAUUCCGGCAAGCCUCUCAUUUCCAAGCGGAAAGCCGCAUGUGUGUGGGUUGUGGUCACCGCCUUGUCCAUUCUCUUGGUUCUCAUCAACCACAGCCAAUGGAAACAUGGCUCCAAGAACUGGGAUCAGCUGCAGCAAUCUUUCUUCGAGAGUUUGGCGCGACCCACCUGGGCUGUCUGCAUGGCCUGGGUGAUAUUUGCCUGUUGUACCGAUCUUGGAGGAUAUGCUAAUGUGAUCCUGAGUUGGAGGCCAUUUCUGGUGUUGUCCCGGCUGACCUACUCCUUGUACCUGCUGCAUCCGCUGCUCAUCAUGUUUGUGGUCUACAGCCGACGCACCACCAUUUACCUUGACCCCGCAAAUCUCAGCUUGGUGUACAACUACAUUGGCAACCUGAUCCUGUCCUUCCUGCUGAGCGCUGUGUUUUCUCUCAUCUUUGAGAUGCCGAUGGCGGCCAUGGAAAAUAUUUUCUGGCGGGCACAUUAA